AUGCCAUCUAAUAAACAAGUUUUAUUGGCAUCAGCAACAUAUCCUGAACAUAUGGUUCGUUUUUCUGAACGUUAUAUGCGUGAUAUGGCAUGUGUACGUUUAGUUGAUUCUGAAUCGCCAAGUCUAAUUGGUAUUCAACAAUUUUAUAUUUUAAUUCCACAUCAUCCAAUAGAUUCAUAUUUAUUUGAACAAAAAGUUCUUCUACUAUUACGUAUAUUACCUCAAUUAAAAUUUCGUCAAUGUUUAAUUUUUUCAAAUCUUCGUAUGCGUUCAUCAGCUGUUUGUGAACGUUUAAAAUCUUUAGGUUAUGAAACAACAUAUACAUCAAGUUCAUUAGCACAAAAUCGUCGAACAAAAGCUAUGCGUGAUAUGUAUAAACAUAAAUGUCAAAUAUUAGUUACAACUGAUUUAACAUCACGUGGUAUUGAUUUAGAUUAUGUUGAUUUUGUUAUUUCAAUGGAUUUACCUAAUGAUAGUGAAACAUAUUUACAUCGUAUUGGUCGCGCUGGUCGUUUUGGUGCUUAUGGUUGUUCAUUAACAAUUGUAGCACAUGGUGAUGAACAAAAAUUAUUAGAAAAAAUUCAAAAUGAAUUUAAAUUAAAUCUAAUAGAAACUGAUGAAAAUCAACAAUUUCAAUUAUUAAUUAAUGCACUUGAGCAAGUAAAUAUGAAUAGCUAUACGAAUUUAAUUCUUACAACAUUUUCUUCGAUAUCAUUGUGUAAUGAAGAAAAAAUCGAUCGAUAUUGUCAUAAAUGUUUAAAUUAUACUCUAGAACGAUCACAUCAUUGUAAUUUAUGUCAGCAUUGUAUACCAAUACAAGAUCAUCAUUGUUUUUUUGUUGGUACAUGUAUUGGUAAACAUAAUCAACGAUAUUUUCUUUUAAUGCUUUUCUAUCUUUUAUGUGCACAUUUGAUUGGUUAUAUAUUUGUUUGUAGUUAUUUAUGGAAUGAAAUAGGUGGUUUUCAUUUUUUGAAUAUAUUUAAAAUUUUACUUUUUAAUAUUGGAUAUUUAAUUGGUUUUGUUAAAACAAAAUGGCAAGCAUUUAUUUGUUUGCAUCAUUAUCUUGUUUAUUUUGAUAUAAUAUUUAUAAGUAAAUUAUUUUAUCAAAUAAUGAAAAGAUCAUUGAAUGGACAAACAUAUUAUGAAGAAAAGAAAAUGAUUUUUAGAAAUAAACAAACUUUUUCUCAGAUUUUUGGUUCAAAUAAAUGGAUAUUAAUAUUUCCAUUGAUCCGUCCAUGA